AUGCCUCUUCCUAGAGCUUACGCAAGGAAUGAGAAUGCCAGGAGUGCAAACGCAUCUCCUCAAGUCUCAGAUCAGGAAGUUUUGAAUGCAGAAUUUUGGAACGCCAAUUCAGCUUUUGGCUCAUAUAUGACCAAUGAGAACAAUCAGCAAGUUCCAGUUCCUACUAAUAGAAAUGAUGGAUCAGUGGCAGUUAGAGGGCUUGGUGUUUUGGCCCUAUACUAUCCAACAUGCCCUCAGCCAGAGCUCACCAUAGGCACCAACAAACAUUCUAACAAUGAUUUUCUCAUAGUGCUUCUACAAGAUCACAUCGGAGAACUUCAAGUGCUUUACCAGAAUCAAUGGGUUGAUGUUCCUCCUACGCGUGUUGCUCUUAUGAUCAUAUCAAAUGAUAAGCACAUAAGUGUAGGACCAAGAGUAUCAGUACCAUGCUUCUUCGGCACAGAUUCAAUAUCAUCUUCCAAUCUUUAUAGAUCGAUUUCUGAAUUGUUGUUAGAAGAUAACCCUUCAAAAUAUCAUGCAACCAUAGUGAAAGACUAUCGUGAGUACUUCUAUACGAAAGGUCUAGAUGGAACUUCUGCAUUGUUGCGUUACAAGAUCUAA